CAGGUUUGCGUCACAGUCCAGCCGGCAGACAGCAGUCGGUACACUUGACUUUGUUAGAGCAGAAAGAGACCAGCUGCUGGUUUGCCAUCACCCAGACUGCCAAGACCUGAAUAACAAAAGCCCCCUUCACCUGUGCGAGUCAUGUGACUCACGCAGCCACUCGGAGAACACAGACAACAUGCACUUUGACCGACACCCCCGCUUUGACUUACAACCUCAAGCUUCCAUCCUGGCUCGGAACGUGUCGACGCGCUCCUGUCCCCCCCGCACCAGCCCCCCCUCCGACCUCGAGGAAGAGGAAGAUGGGAGCAAUGACCGCGGGGAGCGUAAAACAGGGGGAAUGAAGUUGAAAAAGAAACCACGGAGACGACACACUGAUGACCCCAGUAAGGAGUGCUUCAGCCUCAAGUUUGAUCUCAACGUGGACAUAAACACGGAAAUUGUACCGGCAAUGAAAAAGAAAACCCUGAGAGAGGUUCUGGGUCCAGUUUUUGAGAGGAACGGCAUUGAGCUGUGCCGGGUCGACCUGUUCCUGGAUCAGUCCAACACGCCGCUGUCACUCAACUUUGAGGCGUACCGUUUCGGAGGACAUUACCUCAAAGUGAAAGCACGGGUAGGGGAUGAGCUGAAGGUGGAGCAGGGGGUGAAGGACUUGCGGUCGCUCAGCCUGCCCAACAUGAAGCCCUCUGAAGGUCAGAGCCCGUACAUCCUCGCCCCGUGCAGCGAGAGGGUGGAGCACGGCUCUCUGGGACGCAAAGAAAACGUGGAUCUGUUGGGUCAGGCUCGACGGAGAAAGAACAUGACCGAGUUCCUGGGAGAAGCGAAUAUUCCCAUCCCCGAGGCUCUGGGGGGGUUGGGCUCCCUGCCCGGCAUCGGGGCCGGGCCUGACAGCUGGAAGAACCGAGCCGCCAGCCGCUUCAGUGGCUUCUUCAGCUCCAGCGCUGGGACGGGGGCCUUCGGAAAGGAGGCGGACCGUCUGGAGCAGCUCCAGAGCAAACUGCACUCCUACAUGACGUUCGGGCUCCCCAAGGUGCCGCAGCAGCUCUCCUUCAACCAGGACUCCUGGGAGGAGGAGGAGGAGGAGCAGGAGACCAACCUGGUGCUGGAGGACAGCUGGCAGAUGCUGCUGGACGACUCCGAGACGUUGACCCGGCGGCAGUUCCACCAGCAGGAGGCGAUCUGGGAGCUGCUGCAGACCGAGGCGACCUACAUAAAGAAACUCCGAGUCAUCACUGAUCUGUUCCUGUGUGGGCUGCUGAACCUGCAGGACAGCGGGCUGCUGACGGAGGUGGAGCCCACCAAGCUGUUCAGCAACAUCCAGGAGCUCGUGGUUCUGCACACCGCCCUGUGGAACUCCGUCAUGCUGCCCGUCCUGCAGAAAGCCCGGCAGAACCGCGCGCUGCUGGACCCCUCAGACCUGCACCAGGGCUUCCAGACGUUUGGCUCCAGGUUCCAGCCGUACAUCCGGUACUGCAUGGAGGAGGAGGGCAUCAUGGAGAACAUGCGCACGCUGCUGCGGGACAACGAUCUGUUCAGGACCUACGUCACGUCUGUGGUGGGGAACGGUACCGGUGGCAUCGUGGGGAAAGAGGGACCAGAUGUUCUUGUGAAGGUCAAAGCCUCCGGUCUAAUGGCGGUACACGGCUCUGAUGGAGGGCAGAUGUUUGCAGGGUUAUCCACUCCAUAUGGCCGCCACUCGUCCACGGGCCUUUUCACAGCACAGCUCUUGUAA